AUGGACGAUGACGAGCGAACCGCGGACUUCGCAGUCCAAGGAUCAACUCGCGCGCGAUCCAGCAGCACAAGCAGUCAUAAACGAGGCCUCUCAGGCUCCCUCUUCUCCAGACUAUCUUUCCUUCGCAUGAGCCAAAACACUUCAAACCGCCACCCAGACAUGCAACACGAUGACGACGACACCCGCACCGGCAUCGCACACGGUCCAGGCGAAGGAAGCCACCGAGCAAUGUCUACCGCAAUGGCACAUCGCCGCACAAGACGCCGCCGCGGAUCACUCCGCAAAACAGCCCUGCUAGGUACAAGGCUCGAGUCCCGCGAAAAAAGAGCCGCCAAAGCCGCCGAGGCCCUCCGCGCAGAAGCAGAAUCCAUCCGCCCCGCAGACCUCCAUCCCUCGCACCUACAGACCCAGCUCUCCCCCAAUAAUGGGCCCACACGCGCGCGCGAGCCCAAGCGCGACCAAGAGCCCGAAGAAGAUCACGACAGCCCGCCUUGGUUCCGCGCAAAUACACAGAAACCAGUCCGACCCUCGAUAACGCGUCGCCGCCACGGCCUCGCGCAACAUGCCCUCCACACCGAAGCUACAGCUACAGACGACGAGGAACUCGUCUCCUUCCCACGUACCAAUACAAGUUCGCCUGCUCCCAGCUCAGGCGGCGUCAAAGGCGCCGCUGCAAGCCUCCACAUCUCAACUCCGUCUUCUGGCCCGGAGCCCUUCAACCUCGCGCCGGAAACAACAACGUACAGACCCGUUCACCGACCUAAGUCCUCGCCUCUAGUCACACAUCCUGUUGAGAUCAAAAGUAGUCCUGUUGUAGAUUGGGAUUACUCCGAGACCGAGUGGUGGGGCUGGAUUAUUCUGGUCGUUACGUGGUUGGUGUUUGUUGUGGGGAUUGGCAGUUGCUUUGAGGUUUGGAGCUGGGCUUGGGAUGUUGGUGAAACGCCUUAUGCACCGCCGGAGUUGGAGGAUGAUCCUACAUUGCCUAUUGUUGGGUAUUAUCCUGCGCUGAUUAUUCUCACGGCUGUCAUGUCGUGGGUUUGGGUUGUGGUUGCUUGGGUUGGGAUGAAGUACUUUAAGCAUGCUAAUAUAUCUGGGGAGGAUAUUUGA